UUCAAUUCUUCAUCAUCAGAAGAACUAUUAUCAUUCGAGCAUCAUGAUAAUGCUGAAACUCUGGACUCUCCUCCUUGCCUAUUCACUGAUCAUUUGUCAGAUGUACAUGUCACAGGCAGCUCCUUCCAGAACUAGUAAGGAGUCUCUGUUAGAUGGAGUCACACUUUCCAAUGAUGACGCCCAUACGUUACUCAGAGCUAUCAAGGAGUUCAUGCAGAUAACUGCAGAUGAGCAAGACCACCAAACAGAUGAUGGAAACAGUAACACAACAGCACAGAAGCGGGCAUGCAACACAGCAACUUGUGUAACCCACCGCUUGGCUGACUUCCUCAGCCGGUCAGGAGGACUAGGACACAGCAACUUCGUUCCCACCAACGUGGGUGCCCAGGCGUUUGGCAGACGGAAGCGGCGUGGCCCUGUGUGAGCACAAGAGCAGAUACAUGGACUAAGUGCCUCAUUUGAGUGACAAAACAACAUCAUCAUCUACCUGCA